AUGACGCAGGGUAAGCCACUUACACAGAACCCGAAAAUCAGCUCGACACACAACGCAAAUUCCUUCAAGUUCGCUCUGUUCAAGAACGCUGAAGCCUUGGCCAUUCCUGACGCAUCGCGACAAUCCGUGUUUUCUUUUCAAGCACCACAACGAACGCAGGCUGAGAGUUCAUCUCAGAGUCGCCUAUCAGCACUAUUUCUUUCAGAUGUCCAUAAACCAUCGAAGGCUCCGGGCAAUAUCCUGCAGGCUCGCGACGUCGGACAGGGGGAGGCACAAGAGGGAGGAAGAGACGCGUCAUCACCAUUGCCGGCCUCACCCAAAUCUGAAGGCCGCACAUACAUCCAGCUAGCAUCGCGUAAACCGCCGCCAAAUCGUCCUUCACCUACCGCUUCACACAGAGAAAGAGAAUUCUGGCCAGAAUAUAGCCGGGAAAACGACAGAACCGCAUCUUUGACCUUAAUUCCGGGCGAGUCGAAUCACAAAACUAGUCGGCGACAAUCCCCCGCCCUGUCUGGAGCGCAUACAUCUUCUUCGCCUCCGCCUUCACGCCCCAGCUCGCGGUCUCAAGCCGUUUUUCCGUGUUCAAAAAAUGAUUUACGAUUCAACUCGAUCGCAGAUACGUCUCUCAAACCACAACAAACUCCUCCCAUUGCGAAAAGGGAUGUAAAGCGAGCGUUUAGCGAUCUCCUUGAGCAUAACCACCACUACGAGGCUCUCUUUGCGGAAUCCAUCGCGCUGCAAACCCAAAAUGAGUAUUUAUCUCAGAUGCGCAGUACGGCGGCGAAGGAUCUCAAGUUUGCGCGUGAAGAGCUUUCCGCUACAGCAGCGCAGUUGGCGUCUGCUAGGUCGGAGCUCGCCGGCGCUCUCCCACUGUUGAAAUCAACGGAAAAUGAAUUAAGCACCGCGAAGUCUGACCUUGCCUUAACACGCUCGAAUCUUGCGGAUGCCGUCGCCGAAAUAUCGUCUCUCAAAACUUCUUUGGAGCAAAUGGCGCAUUCUUAUGAACAGGAAAAGUUGGUGAAGGAGGUAACUGAAAAGAGGCUAGUCACGGCGAAGCAAGGUCUGGCAACUCUCCGAGAAAACUACCAGUCACUUCAUUCUUCCUUCAUUGCUCUUGGAAAGUCUCAUGAGGCUUCGGAAGCUUCGCUUUCACAAGCUGUCGCCGAGGCGACUGAGAUUAAGCUCUCUGCAGCGGAUGCCUUGACCAGUGUCAAACCUCUCCUUGAAGUAGGCGGUGGCCUUUCUCGCGCAUCUGAAAUGAGAGACACCAUUCAAGAACUCCAGGGAGAGUUGGGGUCAUCCCAGCGUGUGAAUGAUCUCCUCCGAGACAAGCUCCACCAUCUAUCUUCUCAGCUCGUGGAUGCGCAAGCACGGAUCAAAGAUUUCGAAGAUACGGAACGCGGGACGCUGAGUGUUCUUCGCGAUCGCUUGGACGAUAAGCAGAGCUUGGAGGUUUUAUGCAGUGUCGGGACCAAGGUAGAAGACCUGACGGACCGUCUGGCGAAGCACGAACGGGAAAGUAUUGAUGCCCUUGCCGAAGCAGCUGGUGUAGAGGCAAAGCUCAUUGCUGUCACUCAUGAAUUGCAGAACAUGAAGACGUCUUCAUCAGCAAAUCUCCUUGAGCUGCAGGAGCUGAGGGUCAUCAAGGAGGAGGGUCUUUCCAAGUUGCUUGCAUCUCAAGAAGUCAUCAAUGCCAAGGACAAGGAGAUUAUCGGUUUGAAGGCAGAGGUCAAGGCUCUCGGCGAGUCGAAGGCUGAGUUGAGAGCACUGUCAGGUUCCUCUUUUUUCGUGUUUGGUGGGCUUAUACACAGUAUCAGGGUUGUGGAGGCUAAGAAAGCGGUCACGGAGAAAGACCGCGAACUCAGAGCUAGGGAUUCAAAUACCUUGAUGGAGCAAAAAGUCGAGGAUUUGAAUUCGCAGGUCGUUUCUGCAGAAGCGUCGUUAAAGAUAACAAGAGAGUGGCUCGCACUGGCUCAAUCCGAGGCUCGUGAGCGCAAGGAGGAAAGCGACGUUCUGAAGACAAGGUCGAGAACCUUGAAGUUGCUCGUACCGAAUGAUAGUACAAAAGAAGCUCUGGCUGUACGGACGAGCCAACUAGUUCAAACUGAGAUCAAGCGGGUCACAGCGGAAGCCAAGAAGGCCGGUGAGGAAGUGAGUAAAACUAUUGAAUCUCUUCAUCAAGCGAAUCGUCGGUUGGAGAAGCGGUUGGAUGAGCAAGAUGUGGCUCUAGUGGCAGCAAAUGACAUCAACAACGCACUCCAGACGGCUGCUUUAACGCUAGCCAAGGACCAGAUCACUGCGAAUGAGGCGGGCGUUCAAGAGAUCAUUCACAACCUCAGGACGGAACUCGCUGUUGCCCAUGAGCAGAAACUCGCGCUUGAGCGUGAGACCACGAACCUCAAAGCCUCCUUCAAUCAACUUACUCGGGAAUCCGCCGCCUCGCUGGCAGUUGCUCAAGUGGACUUUGAGAAAAAAAUGAACAAGCAGGAGAAAGCUAACGAGCGACUUGUCUCGGCGCAAGAAAAACGCGCAGUUGCCGAUGAGAAGGCAGCCACCCUGGCGGAGAAUGACGCUAAAGAAGCAAGAGUGGUGAGGGAGGAGCUUGCUGGUAGGCUUGCUUUGGCGGAGAUGUCUGUGAUUGCGAUUGCUGAGGAUGGCGAGGCUGCGGCGACGAGGGAGUCUGGGCAGAUGAAGGUCAUGAAAGCCCGAGCUGAGGAGUUGGAGGCAAGGGUGGGCGAAAUGAUGAAGCAUGCGGAAACGCUUUUGAGUCGGUACCAUGAUGCGAACUUGACCGACUUAGAGAAGGACCUGGUGAAUCACAUUAUUCUUCAAGUGCAAACAUUAUCAAACAUUAUCCUUCAAACGCAAACGAGGACCUCGUCGCUCAGGAGAACGAGCUUCGAAGAUGUGAACGCCUCGCAACUGGCCUCCAUAGUAGAAUUCAGUCUUUGGACGCAGCACUGGUGCAGAUGCUCCAAGAGAGGGCCAAGAGUGCUGGGCCUGACGCGAAGACUUUGUUGA